AAGAUGUUUGUAAGUCAGUAAUUUAAUUGGAGACUGCUGCUAAAGAGUACUACAAGCUAGGGACAGCUAAAUACCUCCUAGCUACCUACAGUCGACAGAACAAGUGCCAUCCGUCUUCUCCACAAACCAAAAGAUACUCAGCGUCUGUACGUGUGUACCAAAGCACCAACAAAGUUUUUGAAAACAUCAACAAUACAUGCAUCAUGCGGUAACGCGUCCCACCAAAUUUCAAGUUUGUAGGUGGUAUAUACCGUCACGCGAACGGGUGACGUCAGCGCGCUUCACAUCCAGACCACGCAUCAAAACCACCACACCACCACACACCACCAUGGCCUAACGCACCCAGCCCGCGUGUCCCGGACACCAGCAUCACUCAAUUCACCAAAAAACACCACACACGCCCAUCAUGGCCGUCGACACCACCACCGACCCCUCCCCCUCGGACCUCAAGCAAAUCGCCUCCAACGCCGACGCCCCCGAGGCCAAACUCCGCGCCGCCGCCGCCCAGGCCGACGCCGCCCUGUCCUCCCUCCAGCAAGCCUCCUCCCUCCGCACCGCGGCAGCCACCAUCCGCGACCCGGCCAAGCGCGAAAAGUACCUGCGCGAUGCGUACAACGCGGAGAUCGAGGCGCACGGCAACAGCAAGAAAGCGCGUAUGCUGCAGUCGGGGGCUUUUCAGGGCGGCGUAGGGGGCGCGGGGAUCGGAGCGGUUGUUGCGGGGGGUUUGGGGACCGUGGUCGGGACGCUGGUUGGAGGCGUGACGGCGUUGCCGGCGACGGCUGUUGGGGGGCUGGUCGGGGUGGGGGUGGGGUUGGGGCAUGGGAGUUGGAUUAAGUUGGGGAAGGUGGGGGAGGGUAAGGAUGGGGAAAAGCAAGACAAGAAAGGGGAGGAGAAGGAGGGGAAGGAAGGGGAGCCCGAGGGUGGCGAUGAGAACAAGGAGAAUGAGGAGCCCGAGAACGUCGAUGUCGAAGACGCAGUCCCGAAUCCAGAGUUGCUACGGCAAGCGGCCGAGGAUAUCGAGAAGGCGAGAGCGGAAGGGAAGCUCGAGUCCGAAGACGGUGCGCCAGCGGAGAAAGAGCGCAAGAAGCCGCGCAAGCUGGACAGGCAGCUCAGCGAGUCGCAGCAGCCUGGCCAGCCCGACCAGCCCAAGCCGGAGAGGAGGAAGCCGCGCAAGAUCGAGGUGCGCAGCAAGCCGGAGGCGCGGGCGGUGUGAGUGUGGUUCAAAAGCAGCAGUGUACAGUCUCGUUUGGCGUAAAAGCAUAGCGGCAUCAGCGAUAUUAGUCGGUUCGUACAACCAUCAGCGAUAUUAGUCGGUUUGUAC